AUGUCAACGCCCCACCUGCGGUCCCGGAGGUCUGCGUCCUACGGCCAUCGGGAGGAGCUGCGCUGCGACGCCGGGAAUUCUACGCGUAGCCGGCGUGCUCGAAUUGCCUUUGUCGCCCACGCUCCGUAUACCAAACACUCUACCGCCAUUACCACGUGCUUGUCCCGCCAGCUUGGCAUCUGCAUCGCCCUAUGCAGUGCCGCGUCCUUCCAGCGCAUCUCGGCAAGCGCGGGAAAGGCCGACUUCCUCCUCGCAGAUUUAGUGAGGGCUGGCGGCGGCUCAGCGCAGCAGUGUGGCAUGGGAUUGCCGGCGGCUCACCGCCACCCAUCCACCCGCAUCGAACCCCACAGAAGAUGGUCCCCAUUUUCUGCUCUCUGCAAGCGGCGGCCUCUCGUCCGCAACCGAAUUACGCACCACGGUACCACACGUUUGCUCACGUACCCGCAUCCGGCCCCACUCCUGCCCAACGGUUAA